GUUACGGCAGCGUAUACGAGAGAGGGGGAAAAGAUGUGUGAACAGAGGGAGGAUUGUUGUCUGACUGCUGCCUUCAGAAAUACGGAACACUCGGCCCAAACCCACUGUCCGUGAACUACCACGACAUUACGGAGCAGCCACAGGACGUCACAAACGGAAUGUCACCGCGAACUCUGUCACGGCGGUCUGUUGUAGAGCGCGAGGACGUUGCGCGAUGCUAGCAACCAGUCGGAAUUAGCCUGUGUGUAUGUGUGUGUGUGUAUGUAUGCGUGCGCGCGCGCGCGUGUGUGUGUGUGUGUGUGCGUGACGGUUGUUUGACAGGUUGAGACAGUUGUCCUCACAGUGUGACGGUCUUUAUCUGUGUGUGUGUGUGUGUGUGUGUGUGACAGCCACGUCACCUACAGCUCACGCUACUAGGUUGUGACAACUUCAGACCACUUGUCUCGUGACUGUUAAACUUCAGAGGUUCGUCCUGCGGACAUGGCUCCGAUGGGCGUCCGACUGUCACCGCUUGGCGUGGGGGUGUUUUGCCUUCUCGCCGUCGGCAUCAUCUACCACCUGUAUGCCGGGGUGAUCUCCAGCCGCCUGGCUGCUUUCAGACAGAAGACAAAUGUGGAUCUGCGGGACCUGCUGGCGGUUUCAGUGGAGGCGGCAGUACUCGGUGGCAAAGAGGUGAAGAAGGUGCGCAGUGACAAUAGUCUGCAGGAGCAGUCAAAGGGCAAGACGAAGGAAGGAGCCAAUGACCCUCUGACUUUGGGCGACCUGCAGUCUCACAGGAAGAUGUAUAACCUCAUCCAUAACACCUUCCCUGACGUCACGGUGUACAGUGAGGAACAUGACAGCGUGGUGGAUAAAGAAGCAACCUGGAGCCGUAACCUUCCAGCUGAUAUAUUAGAAAGGAUAGAAAAAGGCAAGGAGGUUCCUGCUGACAGCGUCACGGUGUGGAUCGAUCCUCUAGACGCCACACAGGAAUAUACAGAGAACCUUGUUCAGUAUGUGACCACCAUGGUUUGUGUGGCCGUCGAUGGGAAACCAGUCAUUGGUGUCAUACAUCAGCCGUUCACUGGCUUCACUGCCUGGGCGAUCGUGGGCCAGGGGGCAAAUGUGCGUCCACGCUCCUCUUAUAAGAUCAACCCUCCGAGUGUGAUCGUGUCGCGUUCCCACUCUGGAAAAGUGACCAGUUAUAUCCGUGAUGCUUUUGGAAACGACACAAAAAUCACACCAGCAGGUGGAGCUGGUUACAAGGUUCUGACACUCCUGGAGAUGCCUGCAAGUGAAACAGCUCCUAUAGAGCAGGCAGACGUUUACAUCCACAUCACCUUCAUUAAGAAAUGGGACAUCUGUGCUGGUGCAGCUCUGCUGACUGCACUGGGAGGCCACAUGACGACUCUAAAGGGAGACUACAUCGACUACAGUGGAUCGGAACUCAACAAAGAAGGCCUGGCGGCCAGCGUGGGUGUUGACCACAAGACCAUUCUGGAGAAACUACCAAACUGGGACCCAGCGAAGAACUGAAAAGACUCGAUGGUUGUCAGGCUGUGAAGAGAGCAGAACUUCCAACUAUGAUCCGUCUGCUAAUAUUACCAGGCUGCACGGCUUCAUCGUCACGGGUCACCAAACAUCUACCAGUCAGACAUGGCUUUGGAUUCACUGAGCAGAACUGAGGAAUCAGCAAAGCUGCAACUGGAAACUACUGCAGUAGUGCGCCCACAGUGAACUCGAAACAACAGACGUCAUCCCAGAAUCAGUUUUCCUUCAUCGUGACAGGACAACGGGACAAAUAAUGUGAAAUAUUAUCCUGAGAAGCACAAUAUUGAACAUAACAGAUGCUUUUAUGUGACUCGUUUCAUCUUAAACACGUAAGACUUGGACCAAGUCGCAGGAACGUCUUCCCUUUCGUAAUCCGAUCAGCGGAGCAACUAUCCUUCACUCCACGUGUCACAUGCUGUGUCACAAACACAACACUCUCUACUCUACGCGUUUCAUUUCUAUUACCACAAUACUUUCAUUUCUUCUUCGUGUGCAAACGCUUUUAUUGUGAAAUAUUUGCAGGUUGUGUAUUGCACAGCUUCCUGUGUUCAGUAUGGACAUAUCUGAUUUUAAAACAGCGGACACACCGCUGUCACACACACACACACACACACACGUCACAAAGAAAACACCAACUACGUCAUUAUCAGACACAAGAGAGAAACAAUGGCACACUGUGUGCUUCUUUAUUUACAAACUGUCACCACAGCAAUUUAAUUUGCACUUAAAUGUUAAGAGAAAACUCCACCUUCAUUUCAGGUGUUAUUCAUUAUAUGGAAAAAAAAGCAAAGCUUGUGAGCUGGAACUUCUCUGACGUCAUCAGUGCUCUACAGAAUCAAUGCACACACAUUCACAAAGGAAAGUCUUCCAAGAAGUGAAGAAGCUGUUCCACGUUAAAGUACUGUAUAUGUAUUUUACUCCGUCUGUUUAAUA